AUGGAUAAGUCCCUCUUAUUACAGUUGCUCCAAGGUACGGGGCAGGAGCAUCUCCUCGACGACUAUGAUACCCUCACGGAGGAGGAGAAGUCCGUACUCAGCCACCAGAUCGCCCAUUCGGGGCUCGACUUCAGCCUUUUAAACGUCGCGUUGCGGGAGAGUUUGGCCGCGUUGGAUGGCGGCGAUACGACUAAGGGAAUGGGAGGGCAGCCGAGCACCGUGGAGCCUCCCUCUCGCGAGAGUUUGUUCAACGUCGCCGCGGUGAAACGGGCAAAUCCGGAGGCGAUUUCCCGUCUAACACGCCUUGGCUUUGACGCCAUCGCGAAAGGGCAGGUGGCGGUCCUCCUCCUCGCCGGCGGGAGCGGUACGCGGCUUGGAAUUUCCACCCCAAAAGGACUUUUCACCUGUGAAUUACUCCGCGAGAAGAAGUCGCUCUUCCAGUUUCAUUGUGAGAAGGUCCUGCGCGUGCAGCGGCUGUGCGUGGAAGGGGCUCUUCCCCGCGCGAAGGCCCCUAUAGAGGAAACGGAGGCGUCGGAAGAAAAGCGCGGCGCCGCGACCGGGGAGCCCGUCAUUCCGGUGCUGAUUAUGAUUUCCGAGGAAAACGCUGAGGCGACGCGGCGAUUUUUCGCCGAGAACGACUGGUUUGGAUUAAAGGCGACGCAGGUGAUUUUUUUUGUGCAAGGCAUGCUCCCCUGCUACGAUGCGGCGAGUGGGCGGAUUCUGAUGGCGUCGCCCUUCCAGAUGUGCGUUUCACCAGGGGGUAACGGCGGCGUCUAUUCGAGCCUCUCCCGCGCACCCUUGCCUCCCCAUGCGGGGGAUGGGGGACGAUUUCCGGAAACGCCACGAACGGAUCCCGCGGGGUCCGACGAAAGUGUUCUGGAUCGACUACGCCGCGUUGGGGUGCGGUAUGUUCAAAUAUUCAGCGUGGAUAACCUUCUCGCGAAGGUGGCGGAUCCGCUUUUUUACGGCUACGCGAUCGACACCAACGCCCAGGUGGUGGUGAAGACGACGCCGAAGACCUCUCCGGAGGAGCGGGUGGGGGUUUUCGCGAGGGUGAACGGCGAAUGGGGGGUGGUUGAGUACACCGAGCUCGGCGAGGCGCGCGCGAUCGCGCGGGAGCCUCACACUGGGGAGUUGCGCUUUUCCUGCGCGAAUAUCGCCUGCCAUGUGUGCUCGCUCGCCUUCCUCGCCUACGCGUCGGAGCGGGCGGCCUCGUCGGUGCUCUACCACGCCGCACGGAAGCGAAUCCCCACGAGGAACGGCCCGGUGAUGGGCGUCAAACUCGAGGCUUUUAUUUUUGAUAUGUUUCGCUAUUGCAAGGCAUCUAGGGCGGUGGAGGCGGCAAAGGAGACGAGGAAAGCGGCGGCGGAGGAGGGAAACCCUCCCGGCGAGGAUGGCUUCCGGGUGAUGCAGGUCGACCGCGGCGGGGAGUUCGCGCCGAUUAAAAAUUCGGAUGCCGCCACGACGGACACCCCCACGACGGCCGCCCGACUUUUGUUGAAACUUCACACGCGUUGGGUGGAAGAGCUGCUUUCCGGGGUGGAUCGCACCGCAUUGGGAGGAGAAGGAGGGGGAAAGGGGCGCGUCAUCACCCCAGAGGAGCUCGAGCGGGCUUUGGGGAUACUCCGGGAGGGGAAGCGUUGGGUGGAGGUUUCCCCACUCGUUUCCUACCAGGGCGAGGGCCUUGCUCCUUACGUGGAAUAUUUGGUUGAGCGCUUGGUGUAUGGGUCGGAGGAUAUUGUGCUGGUGGACGAGUCCACCAAUGGGAAGUUUGGCGCGGCGAAAAUCUAA